GCGACUAUGCAGACCCUCACAAAGCUCGACGUCAGCCCGCGAGGUAUUAAGAAUCCACAGUUCAGCCGUUCGGUCGUGGACGCGCGUACCUCUCCCUGCGUUCGGUACGUGCCCUUCACGUUCCCCGUCCCACCUGAGGCAAGCCACCCGCACAAUCUGACACACGACUCCCCCUCGACGCACCCAACCAGAACCAAAGCCCCAGAAUCACACAGCGAAGAUGCCCCAAGCACAUACCCCAAUGGGGCCAUCCCCAGCGCCAAUCUUGGUCCGCAAUCAAUCAUGCCGUUACCAAGAACCUCAGGAACGUUGGCAUCCGGUUUCAGGCCAAGACUACGAGACUGGCAUAGUCACAACCACAGCGAACCUGACGCUGUGCGGUUACCAAGUGAAUCCUCCGUAGGGCAGGGCAUCGACAUUUGGCAUUGGAUUCAGGCAGCUAUUAAAGGUAGAGAGCCGCCGUUGCUCUUCACCCAUUAUUCCAAAACUCUACAUACAAAACAAGUUCCUUUCUUCUUCCUCUCUUCAACUUUUAAUCACCAGACCACUGCACAUUCUUUCCCAUCGCUGAGCGAUUACUUCUCUUAUAUCCAAUCCAACACCUUUGAUACCCUGCACCUGCAACCACACACAAAUCAAUCAAUAAUACCAUCAACAUGCAGUUCACCACCAUCAUCGCUACCGUCCUCUCCAUGGCCGCCUUCACCAUGGCUGCUCCCAUCGAAAAGGAGGCUCGCCAGAACCACGGCAUGUGCGUCAAGAGCGACGGCGUCACCGUUACUCAGAUCCUCAACUGCUAGAUGGCGUACGAGGAAUGAAGGAGUGGACGAGACUGCGUGA